UUCAACAGCUGAUUGAAAGAGGUCGCAGUUUUCCAAACAGCUCUCAACACUAAUCCGCUAAAAAUAUAUAUAUUUCAGCGUCUGAUGUGAUUUAUUUAUUUUUCUACACCAAGACAUUUUCGGAAUGACUUAAUUUGUUACACCUCUUUUGGCUUACCUUUCCUGUGGUUCAAUACAGUCCAACCAUGGAUAAGAUUUUGGAGGCGCUGGUGAGCUCCUCCCAUCCUCUGUCUGUCAAACGGGCUAUUGUGAAAAAAGUGAUAGAAGCUGCAGAAAAGGAGGUGACAGAGGAGCAGUGCCAGGCCUUGUACCAUCUCACCACCCGCUUUAUUCUCUUGGGUGAGGAUGCUUUUCAGCGACAGGUUGGCCUCCAAGUGCAAGAAGCAUACGCACGCUACCAUCGCGAUGAGUUUGCCCACUUCUUCAGCAAGGAAUACGUGCUUGGUCUCCUUCAGCAGGGCUACAGCUCUUUGGACAGCAGAGACCCUGCCAUCUUGGACUUCAUUCACGGUUCUCUCCGACUGCUCAUCAGCUGCCCGGCUGUGUUAGAGUUGGCACCGCUGCUACAGACGGAGGUCCUACGCAUCAUCUGUGAACGGCCAGAACCAGCAACCUGUGCCAAACUGGCCACCAUACUGACGGACUUCCCUCAGUGUGUCCCACGAGAGAAGGCAGGAGUUCUUUUCUGUCAGCAGCUUGUGCGCACCUUUGCGUACUUCAACUGUCCUGCCACUGAAGAGCGGGAGUUGCGGGAGUAUGUGACCCAAGUGACCAGGGUGAGUGCUUUGCUGCAGGGCAUCUGGAAGGCUGAGCCGGCCACGCUGCUACCGUCUCUGCAGGAGGUGUUUGCCAUCAUCUCAUCCACAGAUCCUUCAUUUGAACCUUCCAUUGCUCUAGCAAGCCUGGUCCAGCACAUUCCUCUGCAAAUGAUCACAGUCCUCAUCAAAAGCCUCACCACUGACCAGAAUGUUAAAGAUGCCAGUAUGACACAAGCCCUCUGCAGGAUGAUUGACUGGUUGUCCUGGCCUCUAGCCAAUCAUGUGGACACUUGGGUCAUUGCUUUAUUAAAGGGACUCGCUGCUGUUCAAAAGUUCACCAUUCUCAUAGAUGUCACACUGUUCAAAAUCGAACAGGUCUUUAAUCGUCUCUGGUAUCCCAUUGUGAGACAGGGAGCGCUGGUGGUUCUUUCACACAUGCUGCUUAGUUUCCAGCACUCUCCUGAAGCCUUCCACUUAGUGGUCCCUCAUAUAGUCCCGCUUGUGAAGUCUUUGAAGAGUGAUGGCCUUCCCAACAGUAAAACCUUCCUGCUGCAGUUUGCAGAACUCGUCCACUGCAUGAUGUACCAAUAUUCUGGCUUUCCAGACCUCUAUGACAGCAUUCUUGAAUCCAUUAAAGAGCUGCCAAAACCUAGUGAGGAGAAGAUCAAAUUUGUUCUGAACCAAAGUGCCUGGACCUCUCAGUCAAAUUCAUUUGCCUCAGGCCUGCUCAAGAUCACCGGCAAAUCAGAAACGGGGAAGACAGGACUUGUAAAUCUGGGCAACACAUGCUACAUGAAUAGCAUCAUCCAAAUUUUAUUUAUGGCUACAGAUUUCAGGCGACAUGUUAUGUCUCUGCAUUUGAAUGGCAGCAACAGCCUCAUGAAAAAGCUCCAGCUUCUAUUUGCCUUCUUGGCUCACACACAGAGAGCAGCAUAUUCGCCAAGGAGUUUUUUGGAGGUUUCUCGGCCACCAUGGUUUACAGGCGGAUCUCAGCAAGACUGCUCCGAGUAUUUGCGCUUUCUUUUGGACAGGUUGCAUGAGGAAGAGAAGACUCUCUCAGCCCUUCAGCUGACCAGCCCAAAACCUGAACCAGCAACCACUUCUGCUGAAACUCUCCACAGUGCUGUAAGUCAACCAGUCGCUGAUGUGCCAUCACACCCAGAUCCCGUUGUAGCCGAGGGAGAUGGUCGCACUCUAGUGGAGCGUAUGUUUGGUGGUAGACUCUCUACAGCCAUCUGUUGCAUGCAGUGCCACAGCCUGUCAGAAAAAGAGGAGCCUUUUACAGACCUCUCUCUUGCCUUCUGCCCCUCGAUGUCACAUGCACAUGGUCCCACUGAAGAGCACAAAAGCUCCUCUGCUGUGGGACCCUGCCAAGGGUCGGUAAAUGGAGGCAGUGAAUCCUCAGAAGGCUCAGUAAAAGAAGGUUCAGGAACCAAGAUGGAGAUGCCCGUGGUGGAGCCCACGCUGUCUGUGACCGAUUUAGUGGACUAUUUCCUGGCUCCGGAAAUCCUGGAGAAUGACAACUGCUACUUCUGUGAACGCUGCGCCUCUCUACAGAGGGCCGAGAAGGUCAUGCGGGUGGUGACGGCACCCGAGUACCUCAUUCUGACUCUGCUGCGCUUCUCGUACGAUGCCACCUGGCACGUGCGUCGCAAGAUCCUGGACAACGUGGGCAUUCCGCUGCACAUGUGCCUGCCUCUACGCCAACACAGUAGCCCUGCUUCAUCACCUUCCUCAACUGCAGUUGCUUCUUCAUCUGACUCCCCUGAGAGUGGCGAGAAUCUAGCUAAAAAGCUCAAGCCUUCUCAGAAAGAGGAGGGGAUGACGGAAAGCAGAACAAAAAGCAAGAAAAAUGAUGCGGAAAUGCUGUCAGUGCCGUAUGUUUUGAGUUCUGUUGUAAUGCAUUCUGGAAUGUCCUCUGAGAGUGGUCACUACUACUCGUAUGGAAGAAAUGUGAGUAGCACUGAUGGUUAUGUUGCUCUCCCAUGUCCUAAGACCGUGGAAAACUCCAGCCUAUCAGAGAGCUCGACAGCCACACAGGAGAACAUGGGGUGCACUGACCAGAAGUCAACGGACUGGUUCUUGUUUAAUGACAGCCGAGUGACUUUUACAAACUUUCAAUCGUUGCAGAACGUCACCUGUCGCUUCCCUAAGGACACAGCCUAUGUCCUGAUCUAUAGGAAACAAGAGGUCAGUGGACAACCAAGCAAUUCAGGGCCAGUCGUAAAUGGCUCAAAACUGAGUGGAGAGCCACCCCUGCAGAAAGAGCUGAUGGAUGCCAUUACCAAAGACAACAAACUCUUCCUACAGGAACAGGAGCUGAAUGCCAGAGCUCGGGCUCUCCAAGCAACCUCUGCUUCUUGUUCAUUCCGACCCAAUGGGUCUGAUGACAACGAACCCCCUGGCAGCUGUGGACCCUCGGGUGGGGGUGGGGGAGGGGGUUUCAAUACCAUCAGCAGACUCGUCUUUUAAGAGUCACAGACAUACCCUCAGAGCACUGGACAGUCCCACUGACAACACCAGUCCUAAUUGUCCUAAUUGCCCACAGUCUGGAUAAAUGUGCCACCUCAGAACAGACGUGUCUUAAUUUUUCCGGUUUGCAUGCUUUUUCCCUUUACAUCGACUUGUUCAUUUGAAGUGAAAUUAAGCACUUUUCAGUACUAUAGGUCAGAAAUGGGCAUGCAAUAAAUUUGUACAAUACAGUAAUAAUUUUGGUCUCCUCCUGGAAUCUUAAUCGUUUUAUUUUCUAAAAAGAAAUCAUUAGGCAGAAAAUGGUUUUAAAAAUUAAAGCAAAUAUUUUUGGACCAUAAUAUACAAUGAACUACUUGCAUGAAUAUUUUUAACUGGAAGUUUUUCAACUUCUGGUUUUAGGAUUACAGUUAUAACUGUUUUGUCAAUUAUUUAAUUACAAUUAAGUUAUUUUAUUCAUUCAGGGAAUACUUUUUUUGAUUUUUCUUUUUAAAUGUUUAAGCUUUUUUGAGAAUUUUAUGUGCCUUUCAAUACUUCAGAUUUUACAGAUUUCUUGGACUGAGUAUACAAAAAACACUUGCUGUACAGUGUUAUGUAAUGAUUAUGUUUUUGCUCUAUAGUAAAGACUCAUCAUUGAACAUGGUCUUAAUUUUGUUAUCUAAAAUACACAUGAUUAAAAUGUAUCACUAUCACA